AAUGUUGAAAGUGUCUUUAAUAUGGAAGAGCCUGAAUAUUUAAAUUCUUUCUUCUGUAUCCAUAUCCAAAACUUUGUACUUUUUUUUUAAGUGACACCGGCAUACCUCGUUUUACUGCACUUCGCUUUAUUGUGCUUUGUGUAAAUUAGGGGGGCGAGGUGGUGGGUGGUUAACAAAUUGAAGAUAAGACUCUCCACUAGAAAAUAGAUUAUGACUCACCGAAGAUUCAGAUCAGGAUUAGUAAUUUUUUAGCAAUAAAUUGUUCUUAAUUACGCACAUUGUGUUUUUAUAGUUAAUAGACUAUUCCAUGCUUACUAGACUAUAGUGUGGUGUAAUCGUAACUUCUAUAUGCACUGGGAAACCAAAACAAUUGUGCAACCUGCUUUGUUGAGCUAUUCACUUUAUUGCGGUGGUUUGGAACCACACCUGCAAUAUCUCCAAGUUAUGCCUGUACUUGAGACAUAGAAAAUUGGAGACUUUUGGGUCUCUCUAAUUGCACAAAUUUCUAAUAUAUGCUGACAAUAGAACGAGUUUUAUUUUGAAUAAUAAAAUGGGGAGUGUUGGUUGGAUUGAAAUUCUGAUAUUGCCUGUAUUAGAAUGAUGAGCACUGUUUUGUUUCACUGGCGAUCUAGGCUUUCUGACUCCUGCCAGAAAGCAGUUUCCAGAACAUUCUCAGGACGUUAAGCUCAGCACACACCAGCCUUGGUGUGGACGUGUCAGUGAUGCAGGAGAAUGAGGCUUGCUUUGAGGCACAGGAGAUGUUUAUUUGUCAGAACAGCCACUGAUUCCUUCCAGGGCACAGGGUAAAACUGGGGGUGGCCAAGCCCUCUGUCACUGUUCAGCCCCCAUCUAUCUCUGAGUUAUUUCAAGGCAGCCAUGGAGACAGGCUGAGCCUAUUACCCCACUGAGCCCUAGCGCCUGCUGCAGGCUGCACUCAGAAGCUGUUCUUCUCUGGUUGUUGAAUAGACUCUUGGGUGGUGCUAACGUGCUCCAGACUGAAAGACAAAGAACCGGCAAGGCUUUCUAUUCCGUAAGACUGACUGCUGAGUGAACUUGGAGGGUCCCCACUCUGAACCUCAGUUUUCUCUUCUACAAAACGAAGGCUUGAACUAUGCACUCUCUCAAACCCCACCUCGCUCUCAAAUUUACGGUCUCUUGGCUCUAAGAAAAUGGUGAUGUUGAGCUCAGAGGAUGUGAUUCUCCAAGAUGUGCGUGAUUUUGGUAGUGGGGGGAAGGCAGGAGCCCUGCAGGGGCAGGAGGGCUACGUGUCUGCUCUGAUGAAAUGUGAUGGUUUCUGUUAUCUCUCUCUUUCCUUUUUCCUUCUUUGUUUUUUUAACCGUGUAUGAGAUGAGUCUUACCAUUGCUCUUUCUCAAAUGAAAAUAUGUACAAUGUAACCCAUAGACACAUCAGUUUGGUACUUAACAAACCAGAUGGUUUAACCACAGGUAAACACACAUGCACACAGUUAUUUUCUAAGCCGUGACAGGGAUAUAUUCCACAACUGGAGAUGGGUCUGAAUGACUCUAGUAGAGUGUAAGUCCUUGAGUUUCAUACUGACGCAGUAGAAGAAAGUAAAAAUUAAAUAAGAGGGAGAGAGAGAAAGAAAUGCCACACAUACAACUUUUCUGGAACUAGGAAGGGAGAAUUAUAUCCUUGGAUGCAACGGAAGUUCAGAAAAAUAAAUACAAAGCUGCCACACUUGUAGAAUUCAACUAAAAAUUGUUUAUUAUUAACAAGAUGAUGUCCCAUAUUUAACAAUUGUUAUUCAGAUACAAGAAAAAAAACAACACCACCAUUUAGCAUUCUCUUAGACUGGGCUUUCUCUGUGCCUUAAGUGUAGCCAGUAUCUUAUUACAGAAAGUCAGAGUCCGCACCACACCUUCUUCUCACGUUUGUAAAGAACAAGACUGAGGAAAUAGUUGCCUGGGCCUCUGUCUCCAGGAUGGAGCCCUAACCGUUUGGCCUGAAGCAUUUAGAGCCGGAAGCCCACCCCUCCCACUGGAGCCGGCUUCAGGUCUGCCAACCUCCUGGUAGUGGAAACGCGCCGCAGAACAAGAUCUGUGUCGCUGUCUUUGCAGAAUGGGUUGCUCCAUUUUUUGUUUGUUUUUGUUUGUUUCGUUCUAAGCAAUGUAAAAUGAACAUCCGGUGUGUGUGGUCAGCUCAUUGUCAGCUCAUUGCUGAUGGAGCGCUUGGCUGAUGGAGAAGCGGGCCCUCUCCGUUAGAGAUCUCAGUCGGGGGCCACGUCUCCACCUAGAAACACCCCUGGCACGCUCCUGCCUCCCUCCAGCUCGCAGUUCACCUGCCCGGCAGAACCAAGGCGCGCGUCCUGCUGAUUCUUGUAUUUUUUGCCCUUUGUCAUAUACGGAGAGUGUGGAGAGAAAGGAGGAUGAAUGGACGGGCUUUGACUGGCGGCGCUGGUGACGCCUCUGCUGUUCCUCUUUGGAGGAACCCUUUUGGAAAUAAAGCUGGUGAGGCGACACGCGGAGGCUUCUCCCGGCUAAAGCUGGCCUGGGCCCGGGGGCCGCCGGAACAGGGCCUAGGGGAAGAGAUAGCCAUGGAGGACAGCCCCACUAUGGUUAAGGUGGACCGGGGUGAAAACCUGACCUCACCACGUCGAAGGAGAAGGCGCCUUCCCAAGGCUCUUGGCUAUGUCACCGGUGACAUGAAAGAAUUUGCCAACUGGCUUAAAGACAAACCCCAAGUGCUCCAGUUCUUCGACUGGAUUCUGCGGGGCCUAUCCCAGGUGGCGCUUGUCAACAACCCCAUCAGCGGAAUCCUGAUUCUGGUGGGACUCCUGGUCCAGAACCCUUGGUGGGCUCUCAAUGGCUUUAUAGGAACCGCGGUCUCCACCCUGACAGCCCUGAUGCUCAGUCAGGACAGGUCAGCAAUCGCAGCCGGGCUGCACGGCUACAACGCCACCCUCGUGGGGAUACUUAUGGCCGUCUUUUCAAACAAGGGAGACUACUUCUGGUGGCUGCUAUUCCCUGUCUCUGUGAUGUCCAUGACUUGUCCAAUUUUCUCAAGUGGGUUGAACUCCGUGUUCGGCAAAUGGGACCUCCCUAUCUUCACCCUGCCCUUCAACAUGGCAUUGACCAUGUACCUUUCGGCCACAGGACAUUACAAUCCAUUCUUCCCAGGAAAAUUGUUCUCACCCAUAGCCUCAGUUCCCAAUGUCACCUGGUCUAAACUCGAUGGCCUGAAGUUACUGAAAUCCCUGCCUGUGGGUGUUGGUCAGAUAUACGGCUGUGAUAAUCUGUGGACGGGGCUCAUUUUCCUGUGCGCCAUCCUGCUUUCCUCCCCACUCAUGUGCCUGCACGCUGCAAUCGGGUCGGCGAUAGGGGUAGCAGCAGCGCUCAGCCUCUCGGCUCCGUUUGAGAACAUCUACUUUGGACUUUGGGGUUUCAACAGCUCUCUGGCCUGCAUUGCAAUUGGAGGGAUGUUCAUGGCGCUCACCUGGCAAACCCACCUCCUGGCUCUCGCCUGUGCCCUGUUCACCGCCUACCUGGGAACCAGCAUGUCACAUCUGAUGGCUGUGGCCGGACUGCCAUCUGCCACCUGGCCCUUCUGUUUGGCCACACUACUGUUCCUCUUGCUGACCACGAAAAACCCCAACUUCUACAGGAUGCCCCUCAGUAAAGUCACUUACCCUGAAGAAAACCGUAUCUUCUACCUACAAGCCAAGAAAAUGUUGGUGGAAAGCCCUCUGUGAGAGCAACCUUCAUCCACAACGGUGGUCACGGUCAUUUCUGACUAACUGCCCCAGUUGGCUUCCAGUCUCAGUAAAUCGUUGUUUUUCACUAGUAACCUCUUUCCUGCUAACCCACCAGCUAUCUGUUCUUAAGCUCAUUUUGCAGUUUUCUCUUAGACUUCAGGGACAUCCCUAAACAUGUGAGAGACGCAUCGGGACCACACGCUCUGGCUAUGGAAUGUUAAACCCUCGUGGGGCAUUGCCAUGAAGACUGGAGUGUAUUUACAAAGCCAAAAUGCUCCAGCAGAAAGAGGAACUGAGACUAGAGCUAAUUAUUGAUAUUUAUUGACGUUUUUUAUGUUUGGUUGGCUAGAUGGGGUUAACAGUAUUAAAAAUUAAGCUCUGUAAACCAAAUAAAGCCUUAAGGAAACGGAAUUCAUGGUCGUAAAAUCGAAGUCAACCCCAAAAUCUCAGAUAAGCUGUUUGACUUGUGAAAAAUCAAUGCACGUUACACAUGAUAAGCUGUGGUCAGCAUGGCAAGGCUGAUAAAGUGCUGAGCUUGCUCCCGGCUCCUCAGCAGGACGGCCUCUGUGUUGUCAAUGUGUGGGUUUCACUUGCAGAAGAUGGUUGUUUCUUUUCAGGCUAACAGAGCUGCGUUAGGGAGAAAGAAUUUCUGUCAGUCAACAUUAUUCUGUAUUGUUACUUUUCUUGGAGAUUGCAAGGGAUUUUUUAGGAGGAGUUUAUUAUCUUUUUCUUGUGAGAAUGGAUUUGUCUUCAAUGAGAUAAGAGAAGUUCUUGGCUUAACCAGUUCCUAAAUAGUAUAGAAAGUUACAUUUUUAAAAAGAUUUUUAAAAAAUAUUUCUCAGAGAGGAAGGGAGAGGGAGAGAGAGAGAAG